UCCCUUUGCAAACGGGAGGGCAUCAACCAGCUGCCCAGGCGUGGAAAUACCUGACAAACCCUCAUCUCUUUUGCCUUUGGAUCUUCAUAUCUGGUUGCUUUCUUACAGCCUUUGACCCCCCAUCAUGGCCUCUAAUCUAAAAGUCAUCUUCCUGUUUCUUUGGUUGCUUCAGUGUGGAGGGGGAAGUGUCGAAGUACAGCAGAAACCUCCAAUCCAGGUUGCACUGCUCAAGGAAGGAAUAUCCAUCCCCUGUCAAGUCAUCUUCCCUUACAUGCCAGAAUACACCAAUUUUUCAAUCUUCUAUUACUGGAUUAAUUCACUGGGCAAGAAAACAUCCAUCUAUAAUAGGUCAGAAAACAUAGUCAUCCCUUCUGGAAAAGAGAAUAAGACUGCUACCAUAUCUUACAACCACAGAAUCAUGCCACUUGAAAACACCUCUUAUACUGGCACGUACUACUGCGAGGUCAAAUGGAAUAACGUCCAGAAAACGGGAAAGGGAGUGUUUGUCCUUGUUAGAGGUACAGGGUACAUAGAUACCUCUUAUGGUUGGGAAAUACUUGUUACUUUUACCACUCUUCUUGCUGCAUUGAGCAUCACCGCAACAGCUCUGCUUCUGUGGAAAAGAAAGGUGUUGUGCCCUAGAAGGAACCAGUUAAAUAUCCUGAGACAGAAGGUGGAAACGCAGCCCCCUUCAGCCAGCCCACCACCACCUCCUGUCUAUGAUUGUCUGAAUUCGCAGCAAGUUGAUGUCUAUUCUAUCCUGGAGAACAACACAAACAACCCAUCACCCAGAAAGAGUCCUCCAAGGAAGACACCUAAGAAGCAAGCAACUCUACAAGAAUCCUCUGAUACACUGUAUGAGAAUAUCUAGCAGGGAAAAUCUGACCCUAUGUGGACCAGGCAUCUUUCUGUACGGAAGAACUACUCUCUUACAUCCCCAGUUCUACUGCAGAGAUCCACAGUGACUUCAGGGCACAACUCCAAGGGAUUUGUGAACCCCCUGGCUCCAUCUAAACUGCCCUUCAUUAACAACAGAAUGCAUCUGUUCAAAUCCCACCGGGGGCUCAGUCUGCAUUGAUGCAGCAAAGCUAUUUUGCAGCAAAGCGGUUUGAUGCAAAAGAAAAGCUGCUUUUGUCAAGCACUCACACAUUCUUAGAAAUGGUGCAGAUGGGAUCUGUGCAGGUUUUUCUCACCUGGCCUGGCUGAAAUACUUAAAUCUCAAUUGUCUGUAAAUGAUAGGACAAUCCAGAGACCUCCUUGCUUCCUGGCUUGAUCUUCCAAUCCUGACCUGCAGCAGUCCCUCUGAUCCUGUGCCUAUGGCUUUCCCGACGUGGCCAUCAGGCCUUCAUGCAUAGUUUAACUGAGAUCCAGGCAUCCACCUGCCCAUUUUUCCUUUCUCAGGAACCCCACGGUGAAACAUGCUUUCUCAUAAUCUGCUAAUCCCAUCAAGUAGUCACAGAUGCCUGCUGUGACCAUACUCAGUCGACUCAAAUCAGUGCCUCGGAGUAAAUGCUUUCCUUUCAGCAAUAUCAGCAGUAUGGUGAGGACUGGAUGCACAGACAAAGAUAAUGAUGGAGGAAAGGAAAACAGAGAAAAUAUCCCUGACUGCCAACAUGUCUCAGCGGCAGUGCCCUUUCCAGAACAAGGAAGAGGAACAAGAAGGUGGGAACCCAAGGAAACUCCCUUGCUGGGGCUGCAUAAGCCAAGCAGGUCUGGGGCCAGGUUCCAGCCCAGAGAAUUUUAAACCAAGCUCCCCAAUUUCCUGUUCUUCUUGGCAAUGGGCAUUGUUAUUGCUUAGAAUUUUGAGCCUCUGUGGAAGCAGGCAUGGUACUUCUGCCACACCAAACCAAAUAGGUUUGCCUCUGUUUCAGCUGGCCAGUAUUUCCCAACAAGGGUAUAAGAAUCCUUUACCUCCACCACCAUAUGUUAUUUGGCCAGGUAGACAAGUUCUGAAACUUAGAAUGACUGGAGGGAAGAGGGAGGCCCUAAAGGUGAGUUUUCUAUCCAAGCUCUUCUCUUGCCUGUCAGCUGGAACUUGCCUACUGUUUGUGCUGAUGCAUAUUCUAGUUCUGAUAGGGAAGAGGUUACAUUAAAUAUCCAUAUAACACGAUCAAACCAGUGGAUCAAAAAGCUGAGGCUGUUUUAUCUCAGAUUAAAAAACAACAACAAAAUACAACCAAACAAAACCAACCCAAAAUAAGAAUAUGCAGCAUAACUUUAGAGGAAUCAUCGAAACCUCCUUAAAGAAGAAGAUCAAAUUAAAAUUGAGCUCCAGGGUCAUAGGACCCUCUCUACUUGAAGAUAAUGUUGCUAUGCAUCAGAGAUAGAGGCUAUGGAAAAUGUCUCCGGGGCCGCCAGCCUUCCUAUACUAUGUUUAAAGAGAUAAUCCGCUUAUUGCUUUGCUCUUUUUAUUAGAAGAGAUUUCAAACAUGCAAUUUGGACUUUCUUUAACCACAGGAAAAUGCUUUUCCUCUUCCCAGCGUUGAGGAAUUCAUUUCAGAAAGAGCAAUGAAUAGACAGCAUGGCUUAUUAGACCCAUUUUUCAUUUGUUAAGUGAUCAUUACAAUUAUAAAUAAGUAUUUUUGAAGUCUACAAUUUUACUGUUUACCAAUAUGACCAGAAAAUAUUUGUGCUCACAGAGGAAUUUAUAGAGGAUUGUAUAGGUAUAACAAUUCCUUUCCUUAGCAGAUUUGAAGAAAUUAUGAGAUGAAUUAUAAAUAUGUUGCAGUAUGGCAAUAAAAUAUUCAGCAGAAGCUGGUGGAUUAGAUGAAAAGCAAAAACUUUCAAAAUAA